GCUUCACUGAGUUGCGGGGAGAGAGACGGGCUGCGCCGAUAGCAGAUCCGUGUUUGGUCGGACAGAGGGAACGCAGGCUUUCAAUAAGUGAUCCGGAUUGGCCCAUCCACAUCAACAGUGCCGCGCGGCCCGGGUGCGGUUGAGCCAGCAUGGCGGACCUGGAGCCGGUGAAGAGGAUGCUGCGGGCACUGCUGCAGUCCAGCAAGGGCGGCGUGACGCUGGGCCGCCUGCAGGCCGAGUACAAGGAGCUGACGGGCGAACUCAUCCCACACAAGCAGCUGGGCCACGCCACACUGGACGCACUGCUGCUCACCAUGCCCUCCGUGGUCCGCAUGGAGCGCAACCGCAACGGGGAGAUGGUGUGUUAUGCCACGGUGGGCAGUGAGACGGCACACAUUGCCAAGCUGGUGGCACGGCAGCGCACUGCCAAGAAGACCGGCCGCCCACAGCUGGUCAAUUGCCAGAUGAGGGUGAAACCGGCCGCCCCUCUGGUGCUGAAUGCCAAGCCCAGGACAUCGCUACGGCAACCGGAUCACCGCGGGAGACUGGGCCGGGGGGGCGGCCGUCCUGGGGGGGUCGCAGACUCUCGACAGGGGCAUGUGAGAGACGGACAGGCUGAGGGCAGGGGCAACGCCGGGCAAAACAAGGCCCAGAACACGCCCGCCCGGAAGGCCUCCUCUGUCUCCGACAGGCCAGACAAGAGGAUGACCCUUCCCUCCAGGUUUCAGAAGGAGGUCCAUGCCCAUCUCUCCAGGAACCCUCAGCAGAGUAAUGCCCCUGCCAACCUAAACGAGAGUUCCCCACAGGCAAAACUCAAGACGGGCCUGUCGGGGUCCUACAACCCACAGCAGGUGCAGGGCCGCCUGAAAGAGAUCCUGAACAAGUACAGCAAUGGCCUCUGGGUGUCCAAGCUGCCGCAGCUCUACAGGGAGCUGUACAAGCAGGAGCUGCCGGGGGAGGCGCUCAAAGACCUGGAGCAGUGGACACAUGUCUGCACCCUGGAGAAGCCGUGCAGCACCAACCCCGCCGAGCUGCUCCUCUACCCGGCCAAAGACCCCAGCAGCAGCGGGGUCCCUAGCACACCGACCCCUCCAAGGGGCGACUGUCACUCUCCUGGUCCCCAGAAGCUGCCUCCUCCCCGCACACCCACCCCCAGCACCCCCAGCACCCCUAGCACCCCUGCCUCGCCCCCCAGCCCUGCCCCCAGCGGCCCGGGCACGCCGCCCCCCUCCCUGACCCCGGAGCUGCGGCGCAACCUGGGCGAGUUGCUGCUGAGGUACAGCAGUGGGCUGUGGGCCCACGCGCUGCCCAAGCUCUACCAGGACACCUACAAGAGCGCGCUGCCCGAGCACGUGCUCCAGAACCUCGCGCUGCUCGCCGACUUCUGCACCGUCGACUACCCCAUGCCCGACAACCCCAAGCGCGCCAUCCUGUACGUGCGCGCGGCCGAGGACGAGAACUGCAACCAGGGCGCAGCCGGAGGCGAAAUGGAGUCGGAGGUGGGCAAGCGUCCCAGCUGCCAGGCGCAGGUGCCCGCGCUGCAGAUACCGCGUGAGGAGUACCCGUCAGUGCUGGUGGUGGAGGCGGCCUGCACCAACAGCGUCGUGCUCAGGUACAUCGGCGAGGGCUACUCGCAGGCGCAGGAGAAGCUGGAGGAUGAGAUGCGGGAGUUCUACGGCCAGGACAACACCAGGAAGGCCCUGACCAACCCUGUGUCGGGGCAGCUGGCGGCUGUCCGCGCUGAGGAGGAGGAGGAGAUCCUUCGUGCCCAAGUGUGUGAGGUCAUGGCGGAUAAGGUCAAGGUAUAUUAUGUGGAUCAUGGGUUUUCGGAGGUCAUCAGCAAAACCAAGCUCCUGGAGCUGCAUGAGAAGUUCUUCAAACUGCCCUUCCAGGCCACUAAAUGCAAACUGGCUGGACUGGAGCAGUUCAGCCAGGAGGCGUCUGUGCUGAAGAAGUUUGAUUCCAUGGCGAGUGGGAAGAUCCUGCUAGCCGAGAUUCUAGAACGCCAGGAGACACCACUCAUGGUCCUGUACGACACGUCGCAGGAUGAUGAUGUCAACAUCAAUGCAGCGUGCAUGAAGGCCCUGCAGGACAAGUCCCUGGAGAGCCCUCUGCAGGUGAACAGUGCUUACAUGAAUGUGAGUGUAUCGAGUGUGUGUUCGGACGGGACCAUCUACUGCCAGCUGCCCUCCCGAGGCCUGGCUAAGCUCACCGAGGUGCUGGGGAAGACCGAGGCCUACUUCCACUCUCAGGUGACGUCGGAGUUCCUGGUGUCCCGGCCGUUCUGUGGGAAGGGCUGCCUGGCUCGCUACAAAGGCAAAUGGUCUCGAGUGGAGAUCACCAAUCUCCAUGGCAGCAGAGUGCUGGAUAUCCUGUUCAUUGAUUUGGGGGUUCAGGCAUCCGUAGAGGUCAUUGAAUUGAGGGAGUUCCCACCCCCCCACCUGCGUGACCUUAUCGCCAUUCCACCCCAGGUGGUGAAGUGUUGUCUUGCUGAUCUAGCUGUGAGUGUGGGAUCCUGGACCCCAGAUGCUGUGCAGUGGCUUAGAGACACAGUACUGCACUGUAGUGACUGCAGUAUAAAGAUUGCCAAACAGGAGGAGAGCAAGCGUCUGGUGCACGUGCACCUUUUCACCAGCAAGAACUUCCACGACAUGAGUCGCAGCGUCAACCGGCAGCUGGCCGAUUCGGACCUGUGGAAGCACCAGAAGGACGUCUUCCUCAGCAGCCACGCCCCCUCGCUCAAAACCACGCCCACCACCGUGCCCGGCCACACCCACCACUCCGGAAGCCCCACCUCCACCAAUGGGACGCGAGCGCCUCAGCUCCGACGCGCCCAUUCGCUCCCGGGCACCAGGGGGACUCCGCCCACCACUCCUCAGCACACCGCCACACCUGCCCCCCAGGCGCGUCUGCAGAUGCCCCCGCUGCUGGAGUUGCCCCCGGCGGGGCAGAACCUGGAUGUGUAUGUGUCGGUGGCGUGCCACCCGGGCCACUUCGUGCUGCAGUCCUGGCAGGAUAUGUACAAGCUGGUGGUGCUGAUGGGAGAGAUGAUCCUGCACUACAACAAGACCAACGACAAGCCCGUCGCCGUGGAGACGAACCAGGUGUACGCCGCCAAAGUGGAGAACAACUGGCAUCGUGUGCUGGUGAAGGGGAUCCUGACCAAUGGCUUGGUGUCCGUCUACGAACUGGAUUACGGCAAACACGAGCUGGUCAGCUGCACCCAGCUGCGUCCGCUCAUCCAGGAGUUCCGGCAGCUGCCCUUCCAGGGAAUCACUGCCCAGCUAGCAGGUGUGAAGCCUCGGCAGUGGUCGGAGGAGGCGUCCAUCGUGUUCCGGAACCACGUGGAGAAGAAGCCCCUGGUGGCCCAGCUGGAGGCCGUGCAGGAGGCGCCCAACGCCUGGGACCGCAAGGUGACCGUCUACCUAGUGGACACGUCGCAGGAGGAGCACGAUGUCUGGGUGCAUGACAUCAUGGCCGAGUUAGCCGACGAGCUCACCAAGGCCGCCUAACAACAAUCGCUACAACAGCAGCAGCAGCAGCAGCAGCAACAACAGCAGUGUGCACGAGAAGGGGCCGGCCGUUAGCAAGCAAGCAAGCGGUGGGAUAAGUUAGGGACUAGUGAAACUAGUCUCACGCGAGUGUGUCGUGUGCGUGUGUGUGAGCAACGGGUGUGUUUAGGGAUGUUGUCUGGGGUGUCUCUGUCCUCUUAUCCAACCCCUGGCGGUUUACAGUAAAAGGGCUUGCAGCAGGUUGAGGUAGUGUAAAAGCACGAUGAAAGACAGGUGGAGUACGUCUUGAUAUGCUGUAGGAUUUAACAAGUGCUGAGCAUGUUCUAAUCAUCACUUGUGAUGUGAUAAACAAAGUCAUAAGGUCUGUUUUGGCGAGCCAGAAGGGCUGACUUGUUUAAUGACACGUUCUUUUAGAGAGUUGAAUUAUGAUUUUGUUUGCUCAGUCAAAUGCUAACGUUAGCUCAACCUGUGAAGAAGGUCGCACUUUGGUACAGUGUGUUUCUAGUAGGCCUACUGGCAAACAACUGACUGGAAAGUCAAGCUUGAAAUUCAGGUGAAGUACGUUGACUCCAGCCCUGGUUGUGUGUGUGUGUGUGUGUGUGUGUGUGUGUGUGUGUGUGUGUGUGUGUG